GGAACGUUGAGCGGCGGCGUGGCCUGGCGAGGGGGUGUGUGAGCGCUGCGCGGGAGGCAGCGACCCGCCGCCGCAGGCACCGCCGCUGCCCGCCCUCCAGCGCGACGGGGAGCCGCCGCCGCCGCCCCGCAUGGAGCUGUCCGCGAUCGGGGAGCAGGUGUUCGCGGUGGAGAGCAUCAGGAAGAAGCGCGUCAGGAAGGGUAAAGUAGAAUACCUUGUGAAGUGGAAAGGAUGGCCCCCAAAAUACAGCACGUGGGAGCCAGAGGAACACAUCUUGGACCCUCGCCUUGUGGUGGCUUAUGAAGAGAAGGAAGAAAAAGAUCGUGCAUCAGGGUACAGGAAGAGAGGCCCCAAGCCAAAGCGCCUCUUACUGCAGAGGCUGUAUGGCAUGGACCUAAGAAGCACCCACAAGGGAAAGGAGAAGCUCUGCUUCUCUCUUUCAAGGAGAUUCGGCAGUGGCGGCGGCGGAGGAGGAGACAGCAGCUUGCCAGGGGCCAAAUCAGGGCAGACAGAGCUAUCGGAGAAGAGUGGGGGAGGGGUCUUGCCAUUCCCACUCCGGAAGCAGCGCAAGAACCAGAAGUAUCUGCGGUUGUCACGGAAGAAAUUUCCACGUGUGUCAAGCCUAGAGAGCCGUAACCGCAGGCGUGAGUUCUUCCUGAAGGACCCAGUGGCGCUUGAUGCUCAGCAGACUCCCAGCGACUGGGAUGGUACGCAGCCUGCCAGCCAAGAAGCAGACAUGGAUGCAGUUGAUGGCAGCCUCCCCUGGAUCCCCACUGUGCCCCCCAGCGAAGUGACGGUGACGGAUAUCACGGCCAACUCCAUUACCGUGACCUUCAGAGAAGCACAAGUAGCUGAGGGCUUCUUCCGAGACCGGAGCGUGCAGUUCUGAAUUUCCAUUUUUAAUGUCCCUAAUCAGAUUCUGUUUGGGUGGGGGGGAUUAUCUUACUCUAAAAAGAAAAAGAAAUAUCCAAAAUGUUUUCUCUUCAAAUGUUUACAGAGAAUUUUGAUUUUAUUUGACUGUUGAAGGCUCAUUGAUUUUUCUUUCCUUUUUCCAUUCAGAUAUGCAAAAACAGAGGGCAGUGUAAGGGGUGCCUGUGUUGCUAGCUUGUUCUAGUAUAUAUUCACUAGUCUGUUGCUUUAUAUGUCUGAGAAGCUGCCACGCCUUUCCCUGGCAAAGACUUCCCUUUUAAGGCCACUUGCAAAAAAUCUCUGUCUCUCUCUUCCCUUCACCCCACCUAAAUUAGAGAGGUAGUUAGCUGUGUUAGUUUGAUGUCAGGCAGAAGGCAGGGUAGAGCUUGCACCUUACUGACUAACUGAAUCAGACAUGCAUAAGCUUUUAGUGGGCACGUCUACAUGAGAUGCUUACUGUGCAUUAGCCUAAUAACACUGCACAGAAGCGCGUCAUGGCAAAAAAACAUGCUAAUAGCUUACUGUGCAGUGUUAUUAGGCUAAUGCGCAGUAAGUGUCACUAAAUAACUGCGCCAGUGCUAUUGUGCAGUAACUUUAGGUACUGCGCAUUUAGUUAGUACUUUAUUAAGAAGUAUCUAAGAUGCAUUAGUGAACAUGUAGAUAUGCCUAGUUAGUCUAUAAGGUGCAUCUCUACCCUGCCUUCUCUCUACCUUGCCUAAUUUAGUGUCAGAAAGAGGGGAUGGAGGUGCAGAGAGGCAGGCAGGAGGCCUGAACCCUUCUGUUCUCCGGUUGCUAUUCCUUGUACAAAGAGGCUUUCCUUGUGCAUUAUUGUCCCUACCUUCUAGCUCUUUCCCUUAUUGCAGCCAGGAGUGGUAAUGGACCCUGCCAGUUGAAGUAACUCAUGUCUUUUACAAGUCUCCUUCCUAAAGCUAUUUCCCCUGUGGCUUAGCACUGUGGUGCAUUUGAGGUACUGCAAAUAAUCUGCUUGCCUGGGAAGCUGAAGGAACCUUGUUGCAAAUCAUGCAGGUGGCUGAUCCUUACAAUGCAACUUCAUGAAAAGUGAAGGGAGUGUUCCUUUCUCUGCAUAAUCCCGGAACACAUGGGGGAGAGAAACUACCUUCGUCACCUCCUACCAAAUGUAGGUUGGUAACGUAUGCUCACUCUGGAUUGCCUUUUAUUAAAGGCACCGUGGUUAAAUCAUUUAAUUUGGUAUAUGCUAAAAUUGUGAGACUUCAUCUUCUUCCAUACAGAGACCAUCCCUGUCCCAACCUCCUCUGAUCAGGACCUCUCCCAUUUAGCACUAUGAAAAGGGCAGAGUGUUUGUGACCUUCUCUGGAUACUAGAAUAUUUGCCAAACGUAGUAGUAAUACAGCUACUGCCCCCCAACUGUUCAGUUAACUCUGCCAUCUCUUUGUGGAAAGAAGGGCUCACAGGAUGAGUGAAAUGCUGCCUGGCAGUACUAGAAAUCCAGAGAUAAUCUCACAGGCCUGGCAUGCAAUAACCAGUCAGAUCUGAAUUAGAAGUGAGCACUAAUCGCCUAGUUUUGCUCUCUGGUCAGACUGAAGGGCACAAAGUAGACAGUAGAAGGACUGGGAAGAGGCUAGUAGACCUCUAAAUUCUUUCACUUUUAUUCCUCCUCUAAAGUAAGAGAAAUUCUUGGUUCAAGGGUCCUAUUAAUAAUUUUUCCCCCACUCUCAUUCUCCUUACAAUAUCUGUGACCCCCCUGGAGCACUCCUCUUUGAGAGUUUAAAAAAAUCUUUGCCAAGGAAAUCUGUCUGCAGUUCUACAGACCCUACCUGAUAUUGCACUUAAAAAGGCCUUGAUUUGUGGUGGACUACCUGUGACACUUCUUUGGGGCUUUGAAGAAUUGCUUUCCUUUGAGUUGAUAGUUUAGCAUCUGUUCUUGCACACGCUCUUCCUUUCUUCUUUAUUUUUCUCUAUUACAGUUUAUAUUUAUAAUUCAAGAUAUUUAAAUAGAUUUCUUCCUAUGGAAAAUAAGAAGGGUAAGAUGAUGAUAAAUCCUGAAGUGUGGACUGUGGAACAGUACAGGCUGAAGUGCAAUCUUGUUUUCUUCCAUGGUUUCACCUCUUUUACCCUCUCUGUGGAGUAUUGCUCUGUUGGGUUUGUGUUAGCUGCAGUUUCCCUUGAUGCUGAGCUCUGGACCUCCACUCUUGUGGAGGUCCUAAGUAGUAAGUACUGCUUCUCUGCAGCUACUCCGCUGGAGGGCUUGGCUUCUGGCCUGCAGAAUUUAGCUCUUCAGCUCCAAACAUCUGCUUUUUACAAAGGUUUGGAAUGUCCCCAAAUCUUUCAUUGAAAGUAGGUUUUACCUCUAAUUGGAUGUGGCAGCUCAAAGUAUACAGAGAUUCACCAUGUCCUUAGACCAACAUGGCUACAACCUAAACCCCUGCAGAGAUUCACCAUCCAUUCAGAAGCUGUCAGAAUCGAACUGAUUUCCAUUAGGCCAUAGCACUUUCAGAGCAGUAUGGCAGGCUCUGUAUCUUGGGUAUUUAAGUGCAAAUGCACAUCAAACAAAGAAUAUGGGACACUGUCCCAAUUCCAAGUCUUAAUGAUGAAGAAGUGCAGAGGAGGAGGCCAGAGAGAAGGUGUUAGGGGAGGUGUAGUGAAAAAUGAGGGGAGAAGAUGGCUUAAAAUAAAUACAGACCUAAGAUUAAGUAUGUCAGAUUUGGGGCCUUUGAGUUAUACUUGUUUCCUGUUCUCUCUCUCUCUCUCUCUCUCUCUCUCUCUCUCUCUCUGUGUGUGUGUGUGUGUGUGUGUGUGUGUGUGUGUCCCUGAAAAUGUGCUGGAGCACCUGUAUCUUUCAUUGUUUAUUGCUGGAAGUCACUGGUCCUCAACGGGGGCAUCUAUGCAUGCAUUAACACGCUUUUCAUAAUGCGCAUUAAAUUUAAUACCUCCAACACGAGGUACUAAAUAAAUGCACAUUAGACAGUGCUAAUGUACGCUAGCGCAAGCACAUGCUUUUCAGGUGAUGCUUAGUGCACAUUAUAGCCUAUUCUACUGCGCAUUAUUUUAUAAGCACUUUUUUAUGUGCCGCUUUAAUGUGCGGUAGACUAGGCUACGAUGCAUUAAAGCAGAUGUGUAGAUGUGCCUAAGGUAUCUGAAAAUCAGGGCCACUGAUUGAAGUGACUGGCCUUAGAAGCUUAAUUUCAGACACCCAAGUUUGAAAAACUUUUGGCUUCAAUUUGUCAUCCUGAACCUUUAGAGGAGGUUAGUUUUGACUGACUUUUUAAAAAUACAGCUGUGAUUACCUAUAUCCUUCCACCCAACUUAGUCUUUUAAAUACUGAAAGAAAACUCUUCUUGGAUAUGUCUAGGCUUAGCCAAAAUCCGAGAAGCAGCGGAAAUCUUGUGUAGGGAAAAGAACAGACUUGUUCUUUCACUGGAACUUCAUUCUGCUUUUCUCUCUUUGACACUUCACUGCUUACCUGCUGAGAUUUCUGAGACCAAAGAAUUGUCUCAACACUUUUCUUCAGAUAUUUUUGUGGGUUCACCUCCUCCCCCCAAUCCCCCCCCCAAUCCAACUGUAAAUGAAAACAGUGGUAUCCUUGCAAAGGGGACUUACUUCCCCUUUGCAAGGAUACCACUUCCUAUUUUGAAUCUCUGCAAAUUAGGUUACUUUUGUAACCUAAUAAAUCUUCCUCUGACAUGAAAUGGUUAACAAGAUGCCUCGCUGGCCAGUACUACUUUGUGCACAAGUGAGUGAGGGAGUUAACUGUUAUCCGGUUGAGAUGCAGAACCUUGUAGAUAUGUGGGCUGGCUUUUUGAGGGGUGUGGGGGGAAUGUUUUGUGGUAGGAAACUAAGCAUUUAUCUUUUUGAUCAUGACACAUUAGCAGCAAGGCUUGUCUAUUUUAAAAAGUCAGUCUUAAAAGGAUUGUUUCUUCCUUUGUUUUAGUCUCUCUUUUUAAAAUGUAGUUCUCUUCUGAAAAGUGACUGGAGGAGUGUCAUUGUGGGGUUUCAUGGUGAUAUCUCAGUGACUCUCAAAUCAUGUGCGCUCAGUGUACAAGUGUAGAGAUGCUGUAUUUUUUUUUUCCCCCUCUCUUUGCAAACCCAGACUGGGGCCUGAAAAUCCAAACUAGGUCCUUUCUGGCUAACGUAAGAGAAACAAAGAUUCAUGAAUUACAACUUUGCCAGCCAUUCUGCUCAGUGCAAAAGCCAACACUGAAUCCAGUUGGAGUUUAGUUUCAUGAUUCUAUUUGAAACCUGAGCCAAGACUGGAAUCCCGCUGGUUCUCCCAUGGCUUUUGCCUCUGCAGGGUUGUAGGCAGUGAAGAGUGACUUCAGCCAGCAGAAACAGCAGAAGCGGAGCUGGUAGAAACGGGAAGUGCUGUUGUAGUUGCCCAUCACAGCAGCUCUGCACCCGUGAGGAUGUGCUAGUAGCUCUGUAGGGCAGGAAAUGCUUGUUUCAUGCACCUCUUUUUCCCAGUAGUGUUUUUUGUUUUAUGGCAGGACUGUGGGGCCCAACUGGAUUGGAGCCCCGUCGUUCCAGGCUUACUGAAAAGAUGUUUGGUUUUUUUUUUUUAACCCAGAUUGUUUCUGAACUAGCUAGCAUUGCCCUAUUAGCAAUACUGUUAGGAACAGCAGCUUUAACAAAGGAAGACUGGUGUCUCUAGCACACCCCUUGUUUUCCUGCAUUAACUUGGGCUCUUCAAGUCAGUUGGAGUUGUUUUUGAGGGCAGCCAGGAUAUUAUUGCAGGAACACCCAAACACCAUUCUGUUUGCCAAAGUAAACCCAAAUCUGCAGGCAAAGUGAUCGUUACUUAGCCAGACCCUCGGGCAGAGAGAAACCUAUUGAGAACUGAGUGUCCUUAUAGUUAGUGUUGUGAAAGUGUCCAGAAAGAUUAUUUUGGUGUUUCUAACAGAGUGUAUGAACUUGGUUUCAGCCCACAGGGCCCAUGGCCUUAGUGCUGCUUCCUGCUCUGCCCCAGCACCACAGUUUGUAUUGCUUUGAUGGUUUGACUGGAACAGCACGACAGGGCAGUUCACACAGCAUACUUGAGGCAGCAGGCACCUCAGAGCUGGAGCAAGGUGCAGAGCAAAUGGUUCACACCCAGAGCCAGGUACAACAGCUAGAGCCGAGCACUCUCCAAGGUUAAUUUUGGGCUUUUGAGAUGGGGAAGAAACAAAACAGCCUUUUUUUAAGGGAAAAAAAAAAAGAGACUAGUAUUUCCUCAUCUUCCACUCCUGUUUCAUGCACUCUUUCUGAAACCUAGGAAGUGGCAGGGGGUGUAGGGAACAGUGUGGCUUCCUGGAGAAGUAGCAAGGGCGACUAAAUGUGCUACAGCUGAUCUGUGGGUUUGGCCCCCAGAGCUGCUCCUUAUCUUUGUUGCCAGUAAUACCCUUGCUAGACAAUUCAGGACAGACCAUGGCGUAAGCGGGCUGUCGUUUCAGGACAAGAGUGUAUUGGACUGAUGGGAGCAUUCGCUGAAACUCAGGGUCCUUCCAGGGUCUGUCUGUACCAGGCCAGAACUUCAUGAAUGAUGGUGAUAAGUCCAAACCCUUUGGUUGUUGAUGGUAGUUUAGUUAGUCCUCCAUUCCCAGUGUUGCCAGUACUUACUGGUUUCAUUAAGGUAGUAGUUCUCAACCCUUUUGGAUUCAAGGCACCCUUCAUUGGACUCUAGGCUCUGCGUCAUGUUUGUGAAUGAAGUGGCAUCCAAUUAAAACAACUAAUAUAUAUAUUACAGUGCCUACCUCCUUGCAGAGGGGCCCAGCCCUGGGGGACCAUCUAGACAGGAACAAAUCUGAGCCUGUGUGUAUCUGCUUAUCUCCUGAUACCUCACUUAUCUCUUCACAUCUUAUGGUACCCUUCAAAAGUUUUGGUGGUGCCCCAUGGUGCCUUCCAUCCAGGAAGAGCACACACCAACUGCUGAAGCUUCCUUAGCCUGACGAAGGGUUUUUGAACCCGAAAGCUUGCUUAAUAACUAUUCUCCAACCAUUUGGGUUGGUCUAAUAAAAGAUAUCAAAUUCACCCAAGGAACCUUGUCUGCCAUGGUGUCCCAGCACUGGUUGAGAAUCAGUACAUUAAGGCAACCAGAUCUUUCUGGACACCUCAGGCUGCCACUUCACAGUUUUUGGUUUUGUUGAAGAUUUGCUUUGUAGCCUCAGAAUAGAUGAAGGUGCAUUGGGCAGGGAAGGAUAUGAGGAAUACAGGCAGCUAGGAGGUGGACAAUGUCUCUAACCACAGGUAGUCACUGCAUUUGAAUACAAAAUCUUCCUCUCUGUUCCCCCUAAGUCUGUUUGGCCCUUCGUCAGGAUUUCAGAAAGGUAGACUAGUAUUGCUCAGAGUUCUGGAUGUGUAUAAGAAGAAGCACUUGUUUUUGUGUUGUGUUGCCAUAUCUUUGAGGGUGAGGGAAAGCAGAGACUUGUUUUUGUGCUCUAGACAGCAGGCCAAGAAGGAGAAUAAUGAUUUAGAGUGACUCUUAGGGCAGGGGGAGGGAAAAGAUCAUCUUGGCAAAUUGCUGCAGUUUUUCCCUCUGGGCACAACUGAUUGCUUUUGAGACAGUCAUGUUGAAAGACUGUUCAUGUUAUCCUUUGCCCACAUAACUUCAACCAAGGACAUAACCUUUACACAGAAGUGAGUUUUGUAGACCUUUAACCUCAUAGAUUCCGCCUGAGCGUUGAGCCGGUAAAAGGGCCUGUGGGACUGUCCUAUAAGUAAGCACUUGUAAUGCAGAAGAGGUUGCUAACAGUGUUUGAACUGUCAUUCAACAGUGGGGAGAAGGCGGAAAAAUAAUUGUGUGUGUGAGGGAGAAUAGAAGGUUCCGCACAAAUGUUAAAAUCCAGUUCAAAUUCUUCCUUAAAAUGAGAAGUGCUUCCUGGGUAGUGGAGCACUUCUUUGCACCUGAGACUUCUGAAAGUGCAGUGGCAAAAGGGAGGUCUCCCUGGUGGAUCAGAGGUAGAGAGGAUCAGUCCAGUAGUGGAGGCUGAUAGUGGCUGGUCUUUGGAGAGGGGAUGAGACUAACUGGGCUUCCCAAGUUAGAAUGGGUAGAAACCACACAUUCAAAGAUAAGGAUUGUUUCCCUGAAUUGUGGGUUGCUUAUUACCCUGCCUGUCUCAUGGGAGGUGUCUGCUUGGGGGGUGUCAGGAAACUGCCUUUUAAAAUCUGUCUGUUGGGACUGAUUUUAGUGUCAGCAGUGGAGCAGGCUUGAGUGGGAUUUAAGGUUUGGGGAGGGGUACAUUAGCCAGAAAUGUAGUGGUAGCACAAAAAGCUCUUCACCACUCUGUAAAAAUGUUAAUCUUCUUUUUGGCUUUUCUUAAGUUUGUUUGAAGCACUUUGAAAAUGCAAAGCACUGGGAGUGUGGAGUGCUCUUAUCAUCUCUCCUAAAAAGUGGCAUUUGAAAAGACAAAGAUGUAUCCAAUUCAGCCCCCUGGCUUGUCCUUGUCCUCCUCCCACAGUAACCAUUCAAUCCUUUUGUGGAUGAAGGGUGCAUCCAUUGCUCUGGCCAGACCAUGUGAAUAAGGGCACUCGGAGGGAAAGGAGAAGACUUCAUCGUUUCAAACUGGCAUUCAGAGCACAUGUUGCUUUCCUCUCCUACCACUCGAGGGAAGGGAACAGUUAGAUUUUGCUGUUUUAAGUUCUUAGCCCAGACUGGAAAGAUAGCUGAGCUGGGACCCAAUAGGCAACUUCUGGCUGUUCCUUUGGAUACACCUUUUUUCAAAGCUCUCUGUUUCUGACAUAUUGCACUUUAGUAACUUAAGGGGACAGGAGGUUUCUUACUCUUUGUUUUGGAGGCAACCCAGCAGCUCUUCUCAGUGGCUUCUGGACUCUUCCAUGGCGUGUGUGUUUCCCCCUUCAUCUCCAACAGAACGACAGCAAAGUAACUGUUAAAAAGCUUCAAACAAGUUCAAUUGGCCAUUUUUAGCAACCUGAGUAGGGAGAUUUUUUUUUUCUUUCUUUGCUAGCCAGCAAUUAUGUUUGGAGGAACCUGUCUUCUUGCUGUAUCUCCAGCACAAACCUUCUCUUCCGAUCCUCCUGCACCUACCCGGUCUGGACCCUCUCAAGGCCAGGGCGUGACUUUACUGUCUAUCUAUUUUAUAUCCUUUUUUUUCACCAGGGGAUGGGGUCAGGAGAGAGUGGGGAUGGGAGGGUGGUUCUUGUUGGCACGAUAUAGCACCUGAGUGUUUGCACAAGAAAGCUUCCUUUGCACAGAAUGAGCGUCUAGCUUUUGUACAGACUAAUUGAAUGUAUUUGGGGUGGGAGGGAACCGGAGGGAACUAAUCAAUUCCAAACAAACAGCAGAUAUAAGUAUAAUGCCUUUUCUGAGUGAGUGCUUGUUGUAAAUGGAGAUUGUAAUACAAAUAAGAGGGUGGGCUGGAGUAUAAUUUGACGCAAAGUGUGGUUUUAUUUUUGUACUGAUAUGGAUAAGAGACUGUACAGCAUCUAUUUAUUUAGAUGAUUUAUGUGGUAAAUGUUGCAAACAAAAUUAUUAAAAUAUUAAAUAUGAGACCUGACGUUUAACUAA